AUGCUUGAGCAGCGAUGGGAGAUAUCCAGACAUGACGGGGGGAGGGCUGCCCAGCGUGGGUCCGGCGGAGCUGUGCGAAAGCCUGUCCGUGGCGGUCUCUGUGUUUCGAUCUACCAGCAGCUGGUCAAACGCAACCCGGCCACCCAGGGCAUGGCUGGCUUUAUUUCCUUGGGAAGUCUCCAACAGCGGCCGAAAGAGAAAUGGGCGUGUCGCCGCAAUUCCACAAAUACGGUGAUCCUCACCAAAGGAAACGGCGGUCAACAUGCGAUUGUCAUAAUUGGGGAUAAGAAAGGCUUGGAUAUCGAAGACACUGGUAACCGGACCCAGUGCGAUGGAUGUUUCGGCCUCCUUCAGUUUCACCAAGAUUGCUCUUUUGAUCUAGCUUUCCUUUGGGUGGCUCUGCUGGUUGUUGCUGCCAGUGUCAAGCAGCAUUUCUGGGUUUUACUUGUUAUCAGAGGGAUUGGAAUCCUAGAGAAUAUUUUGGUUGCAGGAUCACUGCGAUACCCCGCCGCUUUUGGGAUGCCCCUUAAUUUCGAGAAUGUGAUUGGUGAGGCGAAAUUCAUGAACACUCUCUUCGCGGUGGAGCAGGCACAUCCGCAAGUAGGCAGGAGAAUGUUAGAUACCUUCUUCCCGGGGCUACGGCCGAAAGAGCGGGACAGAUGGGAUGAGUUUGGAAGGCUGGCGGACGGCUUGGAUGAGCGCUUUAUUCUGCUUGGCUUGGCUUUUGCUUCUAUUGCUUUGCAGCUACUACACAGCCGGGCCACCGCUGCUUGA